AUUUAUCCGUUUUAAACUCUAAAUCACCUGUUCAUACGUGGUCGUCGCAUUAAACUGUGAUUCUUAACUUCUUAUAAUUUUUCUGAAUAUUUAUUUUAAAUAAAACAAUGGCUGAGAAGACUCACACAUCAAGAUUGUCUGCAUACAAAAAUACUGGACAGGGAACGAAUGAUCUUCGUCGUAAACGUGCUGAGUUAAGUAUCAAUCUCCGUAAGCAAGCCCGAGAUGAACAGCUUCUUAAGAGAAGGGCCAUGUCCCCAGAGGCCAAUGAAGAGGUCCAGGAUACAGAGAAGCUCAUGACUCCCGCGCAGAUUGUCCAAGGUUUAAGGUCAUCAGACCUCUCAAUCAAGACAACAUCAGCUCGAGCUGCCCGCAGAAUGCUCUCAAAGGAACAGAAUCCACCUAUUUCCAUCAUGGUUGAAGCUGGUGUCAUCAGACCCUUGGUGGAAUCUCUGGAUAGGGAUGACUGCCAAGACCUACAAUUUGAAGCUGCAUGGGCUAUUACUAACAUUGCAUCGGGCACCCAUGAACAUACGUUGGCUGUAAUAAACGGGGGGGCAGUACCCAAGCUCGUAACGCUACUAGCUCAAGGGGGGGUUGUGGGGGAACAAAGUGCUUGGGCCCUUGGCAACAUAGCGGGGGAUGGGGCGCAGCCCCGAGACGUUGUGCUGUCCCAUGGGGCGCUGCCUGCACUAUUGCCCCAUUUGACGCCAACCACACCAGCUAGCCAGUUGAAAACGGCCGCAUGGACGUUUAGCAAUUUUUGUAGAAACAAAAACCCCCUCGUGAGAUUUGAACUCGUCUCCCCUGCAUUGCCGUACAUUGCUGAUUUAUUAGAUAUUUCAGACCAGGAAGUUUUAGCUGACACAUGUUGGGCACUAUCGUACUUGACGGACGGGCCGAACGAGCGUAUCGAGGUGGUCCAAACGACCCCCUACCUGCUUAACCGUUUGAUCAAGUUGCUCCAGCAUAAAUCACCAGCAGUUAGGACACCAGCGUUAAGAGCUGUUGGGAAUAUGCUUACUGGAUCAGACCAGCAGACGGACAGAUGCCUGGCGGAAGGUUGUCUAGACUACCUCACCACCCUUCUGCACUGCGGCAAGCCAUCCCUAGUGAAGGAAGCCGCUUGGGCUGUGAGCAACGUGCUGGCCGGUACUUCAGAGCAGAUACAGCUGGCUGUGGACAAGGGGAUGCUAACCCACUUGGUGCACGUGCUGGGCGUGGACGAUGUGAAAUGUCAGAAAGAAGCAGCCUGGGCGAUAACUAACCUCUGCCUAGGCGGUAGUCCGCCGCAGUUAGAUGCCCUAGUCGCCUCUGGGUUCCUAGAACCGUACUGUAAUCUGCUCGAGUCGCCCGACCAGAGAGCUAUUAUAGUAGUUUUGGAGGGUAUCACUAACUUGAUGCAGGCUGCAGCGAAAUUCGGCCAAGUCGAACCUUUAUGUAUUCGAUUGGAAGAAAUCGGCGCGUUGGACAAAAUAGAGGCGCUGCAAGAGCAUGAAAAUGAGCAGAUCUACAAGAAAGCCCUUCACAUAUUGGACACAUAUUUCGAAGACCAAGACGAUCAGACUGCCCAGCCGGAGCAGACGACCGACGAGUUCAAAUUUGGUGUCACUAGCACGAAUCAAAAUAUCAAUUUUUAAUUAUAGAAAUAAGUUAUAUGUUCCUCUAAAUCAAUUUAUUCACUAAAACUAUGUUAUGUGCCUUAAACUAUAAAUACUUGAUCAAUUUGAUCAUGUCAAUAUUAACAAAAAUAUAUAAAAAAAAUUGCCUUCAGUUAGCAGGGUAAAUGAAAAAUCAUUAAAAACAUUGUAUAAUAUUGAAAUUUUAUUUUGAUUUUCUUGUAUUCUAUAUGAUUUUUAAAACUAAACGUCGUAUAUUGGCAAGUCUGAAUAAACUUAAAAAGACUGAUUUCUUAAUUACAAUUUCCUACUCAUGGUUGUGUAAGCAAUUAGUGUAUAAGUUACUAUUGUGUGAUAUACACCAGUAAAUCCGUGCCAAAAAAAACGACGGUCAUGCUGUCUCACUCGCACAUUAGAUAUUUCAAUAAUGCUAUCUUGCUCGUGCGUUACAUUCAUUCUUGGCGCGGGUUAUACUGCUAGAGCUGGUCUCUUGUUAACAACUUAUGAAUAAAUAUUUUCUACUUUA